GUUGUAGUGAAUUGCCCACAGAUUUGUGUUAUUUGUGUAACGUACGCACAUGUAUAGUGCGAGUAAUAGUAAAAUACAUACGGAUAUGUAACUAUCUGUAAAUUUCCAAGUGUUUUGUGCAAGUAACUUAAACAUUAAAUGUUACACAUCUGACGACACCGGACCAGGUGGGGAGGGUAUGCGUAAAACCAUUAAGUGAUUGGAAUUUGUUGUUUAAUCUAAUUUCACCAUGGCCCCGCGCAAAAAUAAUUCAGACCUCAUUUGGGAGUAUUUCGAGAAUCAAAAAGAAAUUGGAAAGGCCGUUUGCAGCAUUUGCAAAUUAGUGUUAAAAAAUGACAGAAGUUAUAAUUUGAAAAGCCAUUUGAUAAAAGUGCACAAAAUAAAUUUUUAUAAUAUUGAAAAAAAAUUUAACCCGUCUAAUUCCGAUCCAACAACCACGAAAUCUUGUCGAAAAAUGAAUCUUAAAGUGCCAAGAAAUAGAAACAAAAAUAAUUCAAAUCUCAUUUGGGGUUAUUUCGAAAAUCAGGAAGAAAUUGGAAAGGCCGUUUGCAACAUUUGCAAAUUAGUGUUAAAAAAUAACAGAAUUUAUAAUUUAAAAAAACAUUUAAUAAAAAAGCACAAAAUAAAUUUAUGCAUACCGUCUAAAUCCGAUUUAACACCGCCAAUUUGUAGCAAGAAACAAAAUAUUAAAGUGCAAGUAAAUAUAAAAAACUUAUUCAAAUCGUAUAUUGGAUUAGUAGCCGAAGACAGCAUUCCAUUUGAUGUGCUCGAUUCCUCGAACUUUAAAAAUAUAAUAGACCCAAUUUGCCAUGGGCUGGGGAAAAAACUCGGCAAGCGCAUCACUCUCAAUGCGAAAAAUUGCCAAACAGCUUUGCAUCAAGUCGCUGAAAACAUUAGAACCAACAUGAGAAUGGAAAUGAACAGAAGGCUUUUGUCUUUAAAGAUUGACAGUGCAUCGAAGCUUUCGCGUAAAAUUUGCGGAAUAAGCGCACAAUUCCUCAAGGAAAACGAAAUCAAAUCUCUUAUUUUGGGCAUGAUUGAGUUAAAAGACAUUGGCGCGAGUGCCUCGUUUAAUCUGGCAGAAGAAAUAUUAAAAACUUUGCAAAAAUAUGACAUCCAACUGAAUCAGAUUGUGUCCAUCACCUCUGAUAGCCCAGCGAAUACGAUAGAAACAACAACAAUUUUAUCUAGCUACAACACUAGCGAACAUGAACGAAUGGAGAAGGAUUUGAACGGUACAUAUUUAAAUAAUAUCAGUCCAUCGAAUUCUCGCGUCGAGCAGAUUCAAAUCUGUAUAUGUGCCGCUCAUACUGCUCAGCUAUGUGCCUUGGAUGUCAUAAAAGACCCUGAAAUAGAGGAACUUCUGUCAAACAGCAGAAAUUUUAUAAAGUUCAUUCGCAACCCUGCAAAUGGUAUUAAGGACGCUUUUGAGUUGCGAAACAUUCAACUGCCUCAACUCGAUUGUUACACCACCUAUGGCUCAACAUACGAAAUGAUUGUGACGCUACUGGCUGCAAAAGAUAUCUUAAUUGAUGUGGAACCUAUUGGAAGCAAUGCCACUGACGAGCAUUUCGACAACAAUAACACGCUUUGGGACUUUAUGGAGUGCUAUUGCGCCGUGUUCGCUCCAUUGCAAGAUGCUAUGAAACGAUUUCAAGCAGAAAAUUUGCAUUAUGGAGAUUUUUAUGCUCAGUGGCUAAAAUGCCAAAUGCUCACCAAUAAAAUAAUCCGCACUAAUCUAGCCGAGGACAUGGCAAGGAAAAUUGGAAAGAAAAUCUUGAAAAGCAUGGAGAAAAGAACAUCUGAACUGCUUGAGAACGAAAGUCUGAAUGCCUGUCUGUUUCUGGAUCCAAGGUUCCAUCACACACUCAGUUCAAAGAAGAGGCUGAAAGCGGUUAUUUACCUAAACAAUCUGUGGGAGAAACUCUGUUCUUUUUCUCCUACUUCGCAACCGGUUCCUAACGACAACACUUUAAUGGAGAAUGAAGUUAAGUUCGAAGACGAAGCCGAAGAAAUGCUCAAUUCAUUUCUGACUGAAAAACUUCAAGCGUCCUCGGCUGAGGUCAAAUAUACUGAUCUGCUUUCAAAAAUAAGUAAUCUGCAUCUACCAUUUCUGCGAAGCGACACUGAUGUAUUGCAGUUUUGGAAAGAGAAGGAGCAAUCGGAACCCGAACUUUACGCAUUAAGCAACGUUUGUUUCGGCAUUCCUCCAACUCAUGUUACUAUAAAAGAUGCUUUUUCGUCUUUGGCCGACAACAGCAACCAAAUGAGCCAUGAGACACUAGAAGAUAUUCUAUUAGUGAAGCUAAGCCCGGUAUUUUUAAACAAAGCCAUCAACAGUUUAACGCUAUUUGAAGAUUAGGCUUCUGAGGAUUUCUAAAAUUAAGAUAUGAAUUAUGUCUUAGUAUUAACUUUAAUUUCUUAAAAUUUAAUUAUUUGUUUCUUUUUUUUUAUUUAAAUACGAUUAGUUGGUAUUUACUUAUGUAUAUAAAUAUUUUACCUCU